CUUAUUACCUACUCCUUUAAGUUUCCACUCUCUUUACACUUGUGAGCUAAAGGAACUCCAAAUCUGUCACAAUUCUCAAGCACUACCAUAAAAAACACGCACAAAGUUACUCAAGUGUGAGAAGGAGAAUUUAUUUAUUUAUUAUUAUUUUUUUCUAGAUUUCUCUAAUAUGGAGAAACACAGAUGCAAACUGUGCUUCAGAAACUUUGCCAAUGGAAGAGCUCUUGGGGGACAUAUGAGAUCCCACAUGAUGAAUUUUUGUGCAGAAAAAAAGGAAGAAAACAAAGGAAAAGUAAACCCUUUUGAGAAUUGUCAUCAACAGAUUGAUCAAGGGGAUGAUUUUCAAUCAUCUUCUGCAUCAUCAUCAUCUUCAGACGGUGAGGAUGAAGAGAGAGAAGAAAAAGGGAUUCUGUGUUAUGGGUUGAUGAGAGAGAAGCAAAAGGGAUUUUGUGUUAGUCAAGAUAGAGAAAGUGAAACAGAUUCAUCAAACAAUAAGUUGAAAAGGGUUAGAAAAUUAAGAACUUCUGGGAUGAAAAGCAAGAAAAGUGAUUAUUUUGAGCAGUCAUCAGAAAUGGUGGAGCCUGAACCAUUGAGUUCGAUUUCAGAUACCACUCCAGAAGAAAAUGUUGCUUAUUGCUUGAUGAUGCUAUCCAGGGACAAGUGGAAGAGAAAAGAAAGUGAAGACGAAGAAGAAGAAGAGGAUUCUGGUGUGGUAUAUCGAAAUCUGAUUGGACUUCUUGAUCAACAGAAAGGGCCGAAUAAAGCGUUAAAGACCAAGGCUAGAGGAAAGUAUAGAUGUGAAACUUGUAACAAAGUGUUUAGGUCAUAUCAGGCUCUUGGUGGACACAGGGCAAGUCACAAGAAAAUUAAAGUUGAUCUGCCUCUACCGAAGGUGGCGUUGAAAACUAGAAACAAGGCUAAUGCAGGUGGUGGCUCAACGGUGGCAGCCUCAGUGGAGGUGGAGGAGGAAAAAGUUCAUGAAUGUCCAGUUUGUUAUAGAGUCUUUUCAUCAGGUCAAGCACUUGGUGGGCACAAGAGAUCACAUUUUAUUGGUGCUGCAGCAAUUUCAUCAAGUACUACUUCAAUUAAACCAUUUUCAAGAUUAGGUGAAACUUUGAACAUAGAUCUUAAUCUUCCUGCCCCGAUUGAUGACGAUGAGGAGAUUAGUCAAGUCGAGAUUUCAGCCAUUUCCGAAGCAGUUAUUCGUCAACCUCAUUAAGCAAUAAAUUACUUUAGCUUGAAAUUUUGGGGAAAAGAUAUUGAUUUUAGAGUUAAAAGUAUUGUUCUUUUCCUAAUUCCAUGGAUCUGAGUCUAUAGAUUACUACAAAAAAAUUGUUUUCCUUUAGAUUAUUCAGUUACUGGGAAAACUACAGGAAUUAACAUUAGUCCAAUUUGAGUUCUUAUAUUUGUACGCAUAGUCUGUG